UGAGUUGAUCACUAGAGCCGCGGUGAAGCUGUUAUCACUAAUUGCUGACAGUUCAAAGGUAGCCUAAUCAACGACAACGUGCGCUGGAGAAGAAAUUCACGUCGAUCUAUUUGGAUUGUUUAUCAUAAACCGAUAGAUUUAGACAUCUGUGAAGUGCCUCCUCAUCCUUUCAUUGUAAAAUAUGAUUUCCCCGUGGGACCGAUGGCAUUCCACCAGAUGCUGCCUGUGCUGUCAUGUCCGCACAGGCACAGUUAUCCUGGGGGUUUGGUAUAUGGUGAGCAUUCAUAGUCGCUAUUAUACACAACACUAUUUAGAUAGGCUCAACAACCAACAAAAACGGUAUGUUAUUAUUUGUAGUACGUUUUUCCAUGUUAAAUGAUCAUGUUUAUCCAGCAGAAAGUAGUCUCUCAUUGUGAUUGGCUGCAAGUGAUAACAUUUUAUUUAUUGGAUUGUUUUGUUAAUUGUAGAUGUACAAAUUAUUCUGCUAAGGUGUCCAAGAAGGGGUUAACUUAACCUAACGCCAUUGGAAAAAACGUUCAUGAAUUUUUCAGUACACUCAGCCCUUCAGGACAGGUUACAGGUCUUGUGUCAGGUAGAAGCCUUUAGGCUAUGAUAAUAAUUAAUUUUCCAUUAUGCACAUAGGGCCUAGGCAUAUGUAUUGUUCAUUCAAAGUUAAAACACCACCUCUACCUACAUUGCUGAGUUAAAGAGGUGGUUCACUCAAAUUAUAGAGUUACUGCUUCCUUACCUGGAAAACAGCCAAAUAGUUCCUAAGUAAGGACUCUUAUAAUAAAGUAAUUGCGUAAUUUGGGUGAACAAGUCAUUCCUUUUAUAAAGGCUGAGCUAUUAUUGUUUAUCUGUGUCCUCCUGUCAGUCUGACUGGUCCUUAUGUCUUUAUGUGUUUAGCUGAUUAAUGUGAUCAACUGCUUGUGGAGCCUCUUGUUGUUGUGAACGUUUCCCUAAUGUUGAUCUAUUAAUGUGUAUCGUAUUCCUAUCUUGUUUGAGUUUAAAUGUCCAUAUGGUCCUUAUGUCUUAAAUGUCCUUUAGUUGAUCAAUGCGGUGGUGUUGCUCAUCCUCGUCACGGCCCUGGGUGAUCCUGACCAGUACCAUCUGACCAGCGCUGAGCUGGCUAACGACUUAGAUGACAUGGAUGACGCCAGUAAGUAGCCUACAGCUUUAUGUCUGGGAUAAAUGUGUGCGACGUUGCAUAGACCUGCCCACGCCUCCAAAGUAGCCUGACGGGCCAGUCUGUUUGUGCUCUAGCCAACUCCUCUCUGAGUCUGUUGUGUAUGUGAUGAGAGUGAUGCAAACUACUAUGGCAUUAUAUAUCAAUGCCAAAACUUCUGGUUUUAUAAAUCAUGUUAUAUUAUUGAAAGCAGCCAAUAGUCAGCAUUUCUCUCACUUCACAGUAAAGUUAAUCAAAUCUCUCAGUCCGUGGGCACGCAUGUCUAAUGUCCAGCUGUGUUGUGUAUUUUCACAAACUUGUUAAAUCAGCUAGGUCUUGCCCAGGUUGUAAAUUAACCUUAGCAGCAUAUGCUGGCCGAAUUGACAAGUCUGCCACUGGCUGUCGGUACAGUACUGUCUGAUUUGAAACUGACUGAGUUGACCCAGUUCAGGUCAGAUUAAGCCGUCCUGUGAUCCCUUUUGCCAUUGGUCCAGCUGGCCCUGCAUUAGGCAGGCCAUAGAAAUAGAAUUACUAGAACGGCCAUCCCUGUUCAAAUCAAUGUGCCAUGAUAGGUGGAAUGGCACAUUUCUACGAGGCAGGCAGUGAUUCAGUUCAGGCUAGUUACAGAACUAAAGUAGACUGGCUUCUGUUCUGUUCUGUCGGAGCAGACUACUGUGUUCUCUGGGCUGUGCACAGAUGGACAGGAUUACUGUGACGCUGACAGUCGGUGACAUAGUAUUUUAGUUUUCUGUGAAAUCUACUCAAUGUCAUGGUAUCAUGAAGUAUCAAGAUCAGGUCACAUCUGCACAGAGCAAGUUGGGUCAUUUUCACAUAGUCAGUGUCAAACUAGGAAUGAACUGAGCUUAUUAUAAGUUUAUAAAUUACUGUGAGAUUAAUUCAAUCACCACCCAAGGACAAAACUGUGAUUUUUCUCAUCAUUUGCGACAGUUAUUAAUUUAUUUGAAUGCAGACCUUGUAAUACAGUAUGAUUUCCCUUCUAUUCCAGACAUGUGUAUUGCUUCAGCGAUCUCGUUGCUGAUGAUACUAAUUUCUGGAAUGGCGACCUACGGUGCAUAUAAGGUAAGCAAACGUCACAUAUCAAUAGCUUUCUGCUGUUGCUUGUACUGGUAUACUAUGUCUGCUCUCAUAAGAAUGAAUACAAAUAAAGACACUAAGAGGAUUGUCCAAAUGUAGUUUAAACUUUAUUGUCCAAAUGUAGUUUUAAAAAACCAUUCAAAUGAAGAUUUACAGACAUGGUCUUGAAUGGCUGGGUCCCACUGGAGUAAGUUCACCAAACCUCCCACCAGAAACACAUUGAUUUACAUUUAAUGCAUCGGUCAGAACGUUUUGUUUGAAUCUCUGUUUUUUCCAGAUAGAUAGAUAUAUUAACCUUUCCUGCAGCUGCAGCUCUUCAGAUGCUAUUCCCUCAUGGCUAACAUAAAACUGGUUUUCCUGUUUCAGCAACAUGCUGCUUGGAUCAUCCCAUUCUUCUGCUACCAAGUCUUUGACUGUGCACUGAACACCCUGGUGGCUGUUAGUAUUGUGGUCUACCCCAACACCAUACAAGAUUACCUCCAACAGCUGGUAAGAAGGACUCCAAAGUCCAACUCCUAUUCUAAUAAAGUGCCAUAUAAGGAAUUGGGUGCCAUUUUGGAGGUAGCCAAUAUCUCCACACUCCCCGCACCCUCCACACUCUUUACCCCCAAUCUCACUGCAGCUCCUUUUGUCUGUCUGACUGUCUGGUGUCACCCUCACAGCCUGAGAACUUCCCCUACAAAGAGGAUAUCAUGGCCAUGAGCAACGUGUGCCUGGUCUUCAUCGUGCUCCUCUUCAUCGGAUGCAUCCUCACCUUCAAGGUAACUGCUACUGAACUGACACACACACACACAGAUUUCCCUACCACAAAUUCCUAACACAUUGUGUAAUUUUCGUUACUUAAUGUCUGUGAGUGACAAAACAGUGCUUAUGCUGUGUGAGAGAGGAAAAUGGUGCUCAUCUGGGGGAAUUAUUCAGGUUAUUUUUAUGGCAGAAACCCUUGGGGACAGGACAGAGGGUCCUGCAGCGGUUCAAAUGUCUGGCAGGAGCCGUUUCACAAGGCUGUUGUUUUCAUAACACUAUAAUGGGAGCCAUUGAGGCAGGGCCCUCGUCAGUGUUGCUCUUGGCCCAUCCAGGUUAGAGAGCUUUCACAUUAGCUCUGACAAACUGCCAGAUGAUGCCAACGUCCCGCCACACUACACACCUCUGUUUUAUGGCAUCGUAAAAGCCCCUCUAAAUGGCCUACCAGUUCUAUUAGGCUGCUUCUACAGAACUCCUGCGUCGUACAAAGACCAUCCAGAUGGAGGGAAACAGAUUGAGAGAAAGAAGAUGUGGUUUAUUUUGAUAGACUUCAGUAAGGCUCUGUGUCAUCCUGUAAAACUGUGGAGAUACCUUACUGAGACCAAAUAUACUGUAUGAACGCUGUAGUAAUGAGGAUGACGACUCAUUUCUAUUACUUCUGGUCCAAUCCAAAAGUAAGGGUUGAUGUGUAGCUCAGCUGUCAGUGAGUGAUACUUGUUCUGUAUAGAUGUUGCUACCUCUACAAGCAUAUCAUCCCCAGAGGAUUGACGAUUGUCUGUGAGUUGAACACAUUGAGUAAUCUCUCUUGGAAUCGCUUACAGAAUGUCUACAGACAGUAUAUACCAUAUGGAGGUCUACAGUUUAUACUGAAUAUUGUUGAAGAGCCUGUAAAAGUGACAGGUGUCAAUUCAUUGAAGUGGUGUGUGCAGUGGGAUAUACAGCUGAGCUCAGUCCUAGUCUGUCUUAUAGGAGCCGACUGCUUUACCAGAUGGUGUUGUGUUUGGCUGGACAGGACUGAACCCCAGAAAGCUACCGUACGGCUCACUGAGAGUGAGGAUGUUAGGAUGUCAGGGAACAAUGAAAGCUUGUUUUUGUGCCACUCUCCUGAGUGAGCUGUACUAUACUAUAUAUUUCUACAAUGGGCUGGAGAUUGAGUCUUGUAAUUUUCUGAAUGAAUGAAACCCCUCUGCAUGGGGCUGGAGAUUGAGUCUUAAAAUUUUCUGAAUUAGCUAGACAGUACCCCUUUUGGAUUAAGAUUAAUAUUGAGCCUUAGAUACUGAACAUUAAAUAAUGUCAACUGUUGAUAGUUAUUUUCUUUAAUGUCUUUGAUAAUGGUUUUCCCUUUUCAGGCGUACCUGAUAGCGUGUGUGUGGAACUGCUACCGGUAUGUGCGCGCAAGAAGCACCACAGAAGUCUUGAUAUACGUCACUACUAAUGACACCACGGUAAGUCACAGGAUACAAAUAUCUAUUUCAAUUGCUGUACAAUACAUAAAUGAUGACAAUUUCUUAAGUUUGCAUUCCUACAUUAUGACAUGGUGGGUUUGUUUAUUUAUUUUCUACCAGUCUGCUGUAGUUACUACAGUGUAAUACAGUGUAGUAUAUUUCCUCUGUUCAGUGAGUUGGGUUUGCAAGAAAUGGAAAUACUCCAGACAAGACCACCUCUGUGAAUGCUAACCACCUUUUUGACAGUUAUGUUUUUCCACAAAUAUUGCCAUUGCAUUUACUCCUACAAUAAUAUGUUGUAAUUUCCAAAUCAAAGAGACGCUGAAAAAAAGAUACUGUCUCUGUUAUUCACUCUAACCCUUUGCUUGCAGAGUUAAAAACAAUCUAGAUGUUUACCAGUGCUGUACUAUCAUAAUAUAUCUAUUUGUAUUCAUAUGAUAUAUCUAAUCUAUUAUAUAAUUACCCAUCCCUCUCUUUCUUCCUCAUAAACUCCCUCUGCUUUGUGCUUUGCAUUCUGGAGAAAGUACAAAUCAUAAAACAUUUAUCUUAUCUCGGUGUGAUGCUAUUGUGUGUUUCCAAAGAAAACAUAACCUCACAUCCAAUGGAAAAAGGAUUCACUUAUUCCAGGUCAUGGAUCAGGUUCAUAUUAUGCGUCGGUUAGGUUCCUCUCAAGACUGCGAGGGAGAGCGCAUUCCAACAGUAAAGCCAUCAUGUUGGAGUAGGAAGGAAGUAUAACGUAGGGCUGUAGUAAGGGGCUCCAGUCCACACUGGUAAACUCAUUAAUAUGGCUACGGUACAUUGGCUGCCAACUCAAUGAAAAGCUCUCUCUCACUCACUCACUGGUAUCAUAUAGCCCAAGCUUGGCCACCUGGCUGCUUAUCCUCUGCUUCUGCUGCAGAUAUUACAACACGUUAUCCACUGAUGAACCAGGGGAGGGGAGAAAUACUGCCUGAAAACAUGGCGUUAGUGAGGGGAGGACCUAGUUUAACUAUCAGACCAUUGCAACACUGCUCAUCCAACUAGCCCGGGGGAAACGGAUGUCACGAGGGAGGUGUAGGAGAGGAGAGUGAGGGGUUGUCAGAACAGUGUGUGUACCUCUACGAUGAGAGUUAGAAGAAUCCCAUUAUCAGGACUUUUUGUUCCACCAGUAGAAAGUCACUGUAUAAUAUUGUAAUUGACGAGUUUGAUAUUCAAAAGGGAUGAAGUAGGUUUAUGUAAAUUGGGUGUUUAUUUGUUCCCAGAAUAUAAACCUUAAAUUCCAAGCCACUAUGACUGGUUCAUGAUGCUCAAGGUUUGUUUUGAACAUGUAGAGCACGUGUCGGCUACAGGCGGAUAACCAAAAGUUAUCACCAGGAAUUCAGCUAAAAUUAGUUUCAUUUAUGAAAUCUGUUCAAGUAUUCCCACAGAAAAAAAAAAAGACGUGAUACAAUCUCUUUUCGGGCUUAGUUGUGGACAAUUUGCAGUGUACAAAUUAUUAUUAUUAUGUUCCGGCCCCAGACAUCCCCACCUACCAAAAAUCGCAAUCUAGUUUUUGUACCACGUUUGUGCUGCUACCAUGUUGUGCUACUGCCAUGUUGUGUUGCUACCAUGUUGUUGUCAAUUUGUGUUUCUACCAUGCUGUGUUGUCAUGUGUUACUACCAUGUUGUGUUGUCUUAGGUCUCUCUUUAUGUAGUGGUGUCUCUUGUCGUGAUGUGUGUUUCUGUCCUACGUUUUUAUUUUUAAUCCCAGCCCCCAUCCCCGCAGGAGGCCUUUUGCCUCUUGGUAGGCCGUCAUUGUAAAUAAGAAUUUGUUCUUAAUUGACUUGCCUAGUUAAAUAAAAAUAGUUGCCUACCCCAGAUGUGGAGGAAUGACGUGAUGUUUUGGUCUAGAGAAGCUGAGGCCCUUCUGGUGCUCCUGAUGUGUAAAACACCUGAGCUAUAAAGGGACGAGACUUCUCUUUUUAACCAUUAAAAUCAUUAGUCAAACGUGCUAGAAAAACAACAUGCUGCCUUCCUUGCUAUCCGUAGGCCUUUCAAUUAAGGCUGGUAGUUAUGGUUUAGAAUUUAAACCACCAGUCUACGGGUGUGUUCUGAUUCCCUACUUUCCUCCUGAAGUGUGCACUCCCUCACUCCCCUCCUGAAUUUAAAAGUUGUGGAUUAGGGAGUUAGCAGGAGUUUCCUACACCAGUCCAUUCCUUUUAAAUCCAUAGUGGGGAUUGGAAGAGUGCACACUUCAGGGAGAACGGUAGACUGCAACCAUCUGUGUAUUAUUGACAGGGUAUUAUAAUCAGGGAUAUUGCCUUCUGACAGGUGGCGUCACUCCUACACGACGCUAAGCCCUCGAUCAGCGCAGAUGGAGUCGCGCUAUCUGACGUAAGACAAUAAUGGGAAUAUCCUACUGUAGAUGUGAUGCCUUCCAUAUUAGGAAAGUCUGUAUGUCUGAACUGAGCGGAGCCACCGAGGGGCGGUUUUCCGGACACACAUUGCUUUUUAGUCCAGGACUGGACUUUAUCUGUGUCUAGGAAACCACCCUAUGAUGUAUAGCUUCAGGUCAUCAAGCACAAUGUGUAGUGUUAAAUCACUGGUCUGAGAUCAGAAAGGUCCACCAUGACAUGGACUCCAGUCUGGACUGUAAUGCUGUUAUGCCCCUAACCAGUGCCUUACUGUUGUGUGUGUGAGGAUGAAAACGCCAUACUCUAGCCAUAUGUUGCAGUAUCCUCUGCCAGUGUGGUCCAUCAGAAAUGCAUUAAAUCAUAGAUGUUGCCUACAGUAUGUCUCUGUGUCGGUAGGAAAACCAGGAUGGGUUAUAUACAUCUGAGACACAAACACACACACACACACACACGGCCAGCCAUUUCCGAUGAUAGUAUUUGGUUGGUUCCCCAGAGAGUGUGUAGUAGUCUGAAGAGAAAAUAUAUGAGACAGAGUUCUCCCUUUUCCUAAUCAAAGACAUAGAGGAACUGGCUGACUGAACUUGACUCAUGUCAGUCAGAUAGGUCUGCAGUGGACUUGCCUUGCUGUCUGAGAACCACAUUCACAUCCUGGAAUCCAAACUGAAUAUCACUCUGUUUCACCAUUGUGUCACUGAUUCAGUCUGGACCUGCUCCAAUAGAUUUGGACCAAAUCCAUUCAUGGCCCCCUCUAUAAAUUUGGCCUCUCAAAAGACUUGUACCAUAUUCAUUAAUGGCCCCCCUUUCUCCCUCUCCCUCUUCUCUCAUCUCGCUCUAUUCUCUCAUCCAGACUAUUAUAUAAUCAUUACAUAUCUGUUUGGAAUCCUCUGUCAUCCUCUAUAUAUGGCCAUCAUGGUUGAGUGUCACUUCCGGGAGCUCACACUAUUUUCACUUUAUCCUCAUGAGUAUAUUUGACCAACUGCAGUUUGGAAUUACACCAAUAUGCAGCCUACUAUAUUGCUGCCUGUAGUCUUUGCCAGUGACAAAAACCAAUAUUCUCAACCAUGUCACAGUUAAAUAGCACUUUGAUGUCUGUUGUCAGUCACACGUUAGAAGACUCUGAACUCUCCCUUUAUUCUGUAUUCCUAGGUACUGUUACCCCCAUAUGACGACACCAUGGCUAUUCCAUCCAAGAACGCUCCUCCCCCCUACGGGGCACCCUACAUAGCAUGAAGAACCUGGGCUGCUGUUCUGCUGACCGACUGGACCCACUUGUUACUACAGCAACCGGACAUUCCAACCAGACCUGAGACAACAAAUAUUACUGGUUUUCUUUCCAAUACACUAUGCAUUUUAUAGUUGGCAUUUGAUAACUGUCACACUGGGUGUGUGGUGUUAGCAGUAUUUUAAUGAAUUUAAAAAAUACAUAUAAUUUGACCCAGGACCCAAUACUACUGAUUCUUUCCAAAAGAUUUAACCUAUACACAUUUACUUACUUACCGUUUACUGUGAUACUGUUUAUUCAUUAUACUGUUUAUUUGGAGUUAUUUAUUUUCACUGAUCUACAGUUGAAAUAUCGAGCAGGAAAGUGAUAUGCAACGGCGUUAAAAUAUGAGGGUGCUAGUAGUGAGUGUAAUAGCGGAUAUAUUUUUAUUGUACUAAGCUGUGCUUGUACAUGUACUCUACUGUCAGUCCUAGUCCAAAGGCCACCCACCAGAAACAUGUUUCCAUAGUCUAUGAAGCAAGUACUUGUGAGAGUAUGAUUUAGCCUGGUCCCAGAUCUGUAUGU